UUUGACGUUAAAAAUAGUUUGAGAAGUUUGCAAUAUAUUUAAUAAUAUCAAAUAAAUAGUAAAAGAUAUUAUACACUUAAGUAUCGUAUAAUUUAUUAUUAUCUUAAAAACAAUGUCUACUUUGCAGCCUAUUCAAGCUUUGAACUUAGAUUCAGUCCAGCAACGAGCAUUCAUCAAAUACUACAACUCCCUUAUAGAGAAACCGCCGACAACAGUUCGUAUAUUCGACCGCAAUGAUUACUAUAGCGUACACGGUGAAGAUGCUAAAACAGCCGCUCGCGAAGUCUUCUGUUCCAUCGCCAAUAUCAAGAAGAUGGGUCUCGAGCCAGAUAAACUCGACUACCUCGUACUGUCCAAAGGAAACUUUGAAAUACUCAUCAGGAAACUUUUACUGGUGAGGCGAUACCGAGUUGAGAUAUACGUAUCGGAAGGAUCAACAAAGAAUAACGAAUGGAGGUUAGAGUAUAAAGGUUCUCCCGGCAAUCUGUCGCAAUUAGAGGAGGUGUUAGGUGACGGCCUCGGCACUAACAAUGAUAACGCCCCUUGCUUGAUGGCGGUCAAUUUCAAAACGGAUUCCGUGACGAAGGGUCGUCUUCUUGGAGUGGCUUGUGUGACAGCCGCUGAUUACCAAUUCUCAAUAUCGGAGUUCACAGACGAUGAUUUACUGACGCAGUUGGAGACUAUCACUGUACAGAUGGCGCCCGCGGAAUGCCUUGUCAUACAAGGUGAUAAUGACGAUCAAAAAGCCUUGAAGAAAGUGAUGCAACGGGCCAACGUGACGGUGACAAAAUUGAAAAGAUCCGAUUUUUCCACCGAAGGCUUAAUACAGGAUCUGAAUCGUUUGCUGAAGUUCAAAUCCAGUCAGUGUCAGGAUGCGAACUCGUUCGUGGAGACGCGGCAGGAGGUGGCCAUGUGCAGCCUGGCCGCGGCCAUCAGAUAUACCACUCUGCUCAAUGACACCACCAACUUUGGAAGGUUCAGUUUGAGCGCGAUAGCGACGGAGGGUUUCCUGCAGCUGGACGGCGCGGCGCUGAGCGCGCUGCACGUGUUCCCCGCGCCGGGCGAGCCGCCGUCGCACACGCGCAGCCUCUACGGCCUGCUCGACAGGUGUCGCACGCAGCACGAAGAUGCCACAGUGCACGCCGCACUCGCUGAACCCAUAGCAGAACUUCAUCAAGACCUGGAGAAGUUCCAGCAGAUGAUAGAAUCUACAGUCGAUAUGGAGGAGGUCGAUAGAGGUGAGUAUUUAGUAAAAGCAUCAUUCGACGAACAGUUACAAAGUCUCCGCUCGGAGCUGGACGGGCUGCAGGCGGCGGCGGAGAAGCAGCUGAGGGCUGCGGCCGACACCCUCGCGCUGGACCCUGGGAAGACCAUCAAGCUGGAGAAUAACCCGCAGAAUGGAUUCUACUUCAGGAUAACAAAUAAAGAAGAGCACGCGAUCCGAGGCAGUAAGAAGUUCAGUAUAAUAGACGCGGUGAAGGGCGGCGUGCGCUUCACCAGCGCCGCGCUGCAGGCCCUCAGCCAGGACUACCUCGACACCAAGCAGACCUACGAAAAGGAGCAAGACAAAGUUGUCGCGGAAAUUGUUAAUAUCGCAACCGGAUAUUCCGAAUGCUUGUUCAAUCUCUCCCACAUGGUGUCACGUGUGGACGUAUUGGUGUCAUUCGCGGUGGCAUCCUGCUCCGCGCCGCUGCCCUACUGCCGCCCGGACCUCACCGAGACUGCUGACGAGCUGAUGAUGAGAGACCUUCGACAUCCCUGUCUCGAACUGCAGGAGGGCAUCUCGUAUAUACCCAAUGAUGUGCACCUGAAACGAGGUAAAUCGGUGAUGCAGAUAGUGACGGGCGCCAACAUGGGCGGCAAGUCGACGUGGAUGCGGUCGUGCGGCGCGGCGGCGCUGCUGGCGCACGCGGGCUGCCCCGUGCCCGCCGCCGCCGCGCGCCUGCCGCGCCUGCGCUCGCUGCGCGCGCGCCUCGCCGCCGCAGACUGCGAGCUGCGCGCGCUCAGCACCUUCAUGCUGGAGAUGAUCGACACCGCAGCUAUACUCACAGCGGCGACGCGAGACAGCCUGGUGCUGAUAGACGAGCUGGGGCGCGGCACCUCCACUUACGAGGGCUGCGGCAUCGCCUGGGCCAUCGCUGAGAAAUUAGCAACGGAAUGCGAAUGUUUCUACGCUGAGGAGAAGCAAGCUCAACUGGAGACAAAUCUGUUCGAGAUCGAGUCGUCAGUGAAAUCUCACGAAAGUUCCGAAGGACAGGAGAUAAUAUUGGAGUUUUUACGCAAAUGUAAACGGAUUCAGGAGACUGUGACGUCAGACGAGGAGAUGAUGAAGGAGAUCGACAAGCUGAAGAAAGAGCUUCAACAGAACAAAAGUCAAUAUGUACAAUCUCUCAUUUCGUUAAUACUUGCACAACAAAAAUAAACUAUUUAUUACCGUC